GUGACGUCACCCGGGGUGACGUUAUGCUUCUCUAAAUAGACCGUAUUGUAAUCUUUUCGCAGUCCAACGUGGUUUCUUCUGAGGGACUGCUUCACAUUGUCUGCACUUGUUUGUUCUAUGAGAAGUCGGCCAGAGUGAUGAACUCAGACCAGGAAAGGCCAUUCGUGUGUAAUGCUCCUGGCUGUUCUCAGCGAUUCCCCACGGAGGACCACCUGAUGAUACAUCGACACAAACAUGAGAUGACCCUCAAGUUCCCCUCCAUAAAGAACGACAACAUGUUAUCAGACCAGACGCCCACACCAACACGUUUCUUGAAGAACUGUGAGGAGGUGGGAUUGUUCAGUGAACUGGACUGCUCCAUUGAGCAGGAGUUUUGCAAGGCCCACGAAGAAGAGGACAGUAAACAGAACAUCUCACUGCACGGCCAGGCAGGCCAAGGCCAGCACCAGCAGUCCCACACACGGAUGGGUAACCAUGAUACCAGCAUAGUGAUCCAGCAGGCCCUUCCCUCUCCUCAGUCCAGCUCCGUCAUCACUCAGGCUCCAUCUACAAAUAGACAGAUCGGGCCUGUCCCCGGCUCUCUGUCCUCGCUGCUACACCUACGAAACAGACAGAGACAGCCUCUGCCUGCCUCCAUGCCUGGAACUCUGCCAGACCCGACCAUGCCUGGCUCCUCUGCUGUGCUGAUGCCUAUGGAGAGGCAAAUGUCCAUGGGCUCCAAUAUGAUGGGUAUGCAAGGUCCUACCCACAGCAGCUCCUGCUCUUCCACCCACAUUCCCUCCAUGCACUCAGAAGCCAAACUGAGACUGAAGGCCGCACUUUCACACCACCCGGGUGCCAUUGCCAAUGGGAACAUGAACUCCAUGGGUCACAUGAUGGAGAUGAUGUCAUCUCGGCAGGAGCAAACCGCCCACCAUCACAUGCACUCCCACCCGCACCAGCACCUGCAAGCCCCUCCUCACGCGUACCAGCACCAUGGCCAUCACCAUCACAGCCAGGGUGGGCACCACCACCCGCAGGGACACAACCCCCAUCACAACUCCCACAAUCCCCACCUCCAUCCCGGGCAUCCACACCAGACCUCGCCUCACCCUCCAAUGCACUCUGCUUCACAGAUGUCACCCGCAACUCAGCAGAUGCAGCCCACGCAGACGCUGCAGUCCCCGCCCCCAAACGGCGGUCGGCGCAGGCGAGUAGUAGACGAGGAUCCGGAUGAACGCCGGCGGAAGUUUCUGGAGCGGAACAGAGCAGCAGCAACAAGAUGCAGACAGAAGAGAAAAGUGUGGGUGAUGUCGUUAGAGAAGAAAGCUGAAGAGCUCACUCAGACCAACAUGCAGCUUCAGAAUGAAGUGACCAUGCUAAAGAAUGAGGUGACCCAACUCAAGCAGCUUCUCCUCACACACAAGGACUGUCCCAUCACCACUAUGCAGAAAGAGUCCCAAGGUUACCUCAGUCCAGAGAGCAGUCCUGCGGGCAGUCCAGCGCCAGCGUGCUCCCAGCAGCAGGUCAUUCAGCACAACACCAUCACCACCUCCACCACGACUGUAGGGGGUAACAGUGUGCACGGGCAAGCCAACCACCACACAGACAUUAACUCCAUUCACUAGGAACAAGAGAGACUAUAACACCUGGCUGUAACCCUGAACACCCUGCCUUCACCCAUGCUUUCUGAGGGUCGCCAGCUGCACAUGCUGCCCCCCCCCUCUCCUACCAUCAAGAAAAACCUCAAAGGCCUGUGAGGCUGUUCUUUAUACAGUAGCUACAGUAUGUAUUUUUAUAGACCAAUCCUAUUAAUGCAUAAAUGUUAUAUGGUUUGUUGCCUCUUCUUUAAUCUGCUUUUUGUGCUUUUAGCAGAAAGGGAGUUUUGCUAACUACAUGCAGCAUUCAAGUGAUUUUUCUUUCUGUGGUGUGAUGGUACAAAAUGGACCACGGUGGUCAUGGAACCAGAGAAAGGAGACAUAACCCUCAGACUGUCAUCACUAUAAGCAGACCUUACAUCUCUGUAUGCCUAAUGGACUGAUGAUCAAUCAUAUUGUUGUCUACAUGUCACAUGUGGACAGUAUGUUGAGUGUAUGGGCAUCAUACAGAGUCUUCUGAAUAAGUGAGUGUGACAUUGCUGCCUUUAAGGUGUUUUCUGAAACCAAGUCAAAAUGUCGCCAUGAUGUCUCGAAGACAGGGAUAUGCAAGACGAUGUCAUGAAUUUUUUUUUUUUUUUUUAUCCUUUCCUAGAAAUGUCUAUGACUGUUAACAAAUUUCCCUGUCAGUGGUGUUCUCAAAGAGUGUUAUAAAACACGGCACGACAGUGAAAGUACUGUCUGAUCAAAUGGAAGCAAUACAUCUCAGUAUUGAUCAUCUUCUCUACUGGAUGUCCACAUUUAUGAUCAGCAUGGCCAAGCCACUCUGGUCCCAAGGAUGUGCGAUGCUGUUACAGCUACAUAAGUGUACACUGUGAUACCAGUGAGGCAGCUCAGGAGUUGAAACAAAUUUCUCCGUUCUCCUGGACCAACUGAAGCUUUAAUUAUUGAGGCCUCUCUUUGUGUGUGUUUGUGCUUCUGGAUCCACAUUUUGGAUUCCAGUUCCAAAUGACUCUAACAUUUGAUUACAUGCAUAUGUCUGCAGAAUGUUGAGUGUGCA